CGGUUUAGGAUUGACAGAGAAACAGAUACACGUGCUUGCAUUUUCGUCAAUCAUUGUGAUCAGAUAUGUCGAGAUUGAUAGUGAAAAAUUUACCCAAAAAGAUCAAAGAAGAGAGAGUGCGUUCGAUAUUUGGUUCAGUCGGAACGCUGACAGAUUGUUCUCUGAAGUACACCAAAGAUGGUGUGUUUAGGAACUUUGCAUUCAUAGGAUAUUCCUCUGAAGCAGAGGCUGACCAGGCUAUUAAACAACUCAACAAAACCUUCAUCAAUGCUAGCAGAAUUAGUGUUGAGAAGGCGAAGGAUUUCAGUGACGUGAGUAAACCAAGAGCUUGGAGCAAAUAUUCUAGUGACAGCUCCGCAUUCCAGAAGAAACACAAAGGGACUGAGGACCAACAGAGCGAUAAUGCCAAGAAUAUUGAGAAAAAAGAAAAGAAGAAAAAAUCCAGAGAGAAAGUGGUGGCUGAGAUGUUAGGAGAGUUGAAAGAUGAUCCUAAGUUUGAAGAAUUUGUACAAGCCCACCAGAGAAGUAGCAACAAGUCUUUGUGGGCAAACGAUGAGGUGAUGCCAAAACAAGAGGCUGUAGAGGAGGGAGACAGAAUGGAGGGAGAGGAGAGGAAGAGAACUGAAGAUGACAAGGAGGAUAAUGAGGAAGGCAAGGACAUCGAUGAAGAUUUGGAGGAAGAGGAUAUUAAAGAAGAUAAGGAUAAACUGGCAACGAAGAAGAAUGUAACUGAUUUGGAUUACUUGAGAUCUAAAGUAUCCAGUCAGGCCGUGUUUGAUGACAGCAGCUCAGACUCCGAGGAGGAAGAUCCCGAGACGAAAACCACGAAAACGAAGCUGACAGACAAACAGGUCGAGCCUGUCAAAACAGAACAGAAAUACAUGCUGAAAAUGCGGAACCUGCCUGUUUCAUCUGGUGAGAAGGCAAUCAGAGAGUUUUUUAAACCAAUUAUUAUUAAGGAUAUACGUUUGCCCCAAAACAACCAGAAGAAGCCUAUAGGAGUAGCCUAUGUGGACUUUUCCUCAGAAAAAGAUCUAAAUGAUGCCAUGAGAAGAAACAAGAACUAUAUUAAAAGUAAAAGAGUUUACUUGAAAAAAUGUGAGACAGGGGACAUAACUCAGCCCAAAGAGGAAGAAAAGGAGAAACAGAAUGAUACACAGUCUGCAAAUAAAAAGAAGUGGGAAGAACAUGAAGCUCAGAUGGACAGUGUUGCAGAGACAGGGAGACUGUUUGUUAGAAAUUUGCCUUAUAGCUGUACACAGGAAGAUUUAGAGGAAGUUUUUGGAAAGUUUGGACCCCUGGCUGAGGUUCAUCUAUCCAUUGACACUGUCACAAAGAAGAUUCGGGGUUAUGCCUUUAUUUUGUUCAUGAUGCCAGAGCAUGCAGUCCGAGCUUAUGAACAACUGGAUGGAACGGUGUUCAAGGGCAGGAUGCUACAUAUUAUUCCUGGUAAAGAGAAGCUGGAUGAGGAAACAGAACACUCAGAAGGGUCAUCUUUCAAGACUAAAAAAGCUGCAAAGCAGAAAGCUGAGGCAACAAGCUCCCAUAACUGGAAUACCUUGUUCCUUGGAGUGAAUGCUGUAGCUGAUGUAAUGGCAGCCAAAUACAACACAGAGAAAAGUCACAUUUUAGAUCCAGAAGCACCCCAAAGUCUUGGUGUUAGAAUGGCUCUGGGAGAAACUCAGAUUGUGGCAGAGACUCGGGACUUUUUAACGGAGAAUGGAGUUGUCUUAGACAGUUUUAGUCAGGCUGCAGCUCCACGUAGUAAGACGGUGAUCCUGGUAAAAAAUCUGCCAGCUAACACGGACCCUGAAGAUCUGCGGACCGUCUUCAGUAAACACGGAGCACUGGGGAGGGUCAUUUUACCUCCCUCUGGAAUCACUGCCAUCGUGGAAUACUUAGAUCCAACGGAAGCAAAAUUAGGAUUUAGAAACCUUGCUUACACCAAGUUUCAGCACGUACCACUGUACCUUGAGUGGGCUCCAAUGGAAGUUUUCCGAUCAUCAGUUGUCAAAACAGAAAAAGAAGACACUUCACAAGAUUCAGAAAUAGUCAAGAAAGAAGAGAAUGAAGAGGAGUCCUCUGAUGAAGAAGAAGACGAUGGAACCCCAGAACCUGAUUCUACUCUCUUUGUGAAAAAUCUUAACUUUACAACAACGGAGGAAAGUCUCAGAGAGAAAUUCAAGAAAUGUGGAAAAAUACGGUCAGUUUCAAUUGCAAAAAAGAAAGAUAUGAAGAAUCCAGGGCAGUACUUGUCUAUGGGGUACGGAUUUGUGGAGUUCCAGAGUAAGGAGAGUGCAAUGAAGGCCAUUAAAGAGCUCCAACACUCGGAUAUUGAUGGUCAUGCUGUGGAGUUAAAGAUCUCCAACAGGACAACUCUUACAAAGGAGAAACCAAGCACAAAGAAGAAACAAAAAGUGAAAAAGCAAACAACAACAAAGAUUUUAGUGAGGAACAUUCCAUUUGAGGCCAAAAAGCAUGAAAUAUAUGAACUUUUUAAGGUGUUUGGAGAACUGAAGUUUGUGCGACUCCCUAAGAAGCUUGGAGGGACGGGUUCACAUCGAGGAUUCGGAUUCGUGGAUUUUCUGACAAGACAAGAUGCUAAGAGAGCUUUUGAUGCCCUAUGUCACAGUACACAUUUGUACGGGAGGCGGCUGGUGCUGGAGUGGGCGGAAAGUGCCGAGGAUCUGGACCAGCUCCGUAAGAAAACAGCGGAACAUUUCCAUGAGGGUGGGCCAUCCAAGAAACUGAAGAAAUCAGCAAUUCUAGACAACCUACAAUCUUCAAAUUUAGAAUUUUAAUAGUUGCAAAAUACUGUGUUCAAGUUUUUAAUGACAUUAGUUCUGCUAUAACCUAAAAUAAUUUGUUAUUGUAUUUUGACUGUAUACAUUUCUCAAUGCAAGAACUUCUUAAACAUAAAUAUCUUUCUGUGGAAAAAUAUCC